AUGACCCCUGACCAUGCGGAUCAUGGUGCACUACCUUUUUCUUGGGCGACUAGGCAUGUCCACAUGACAGCCCUUUUUGAAACCCUUCUUCACUCCAAUUCACAUGUCCUUCCUCAACUCAAACAUUCACUCUCUCUUGCUCUUCUUCACUAUCUCCCCCUCGCCGGCAAACUCACAUGGCCUCCACACGUUCACAUACCUACAAUCUCCUAUGCACCUGACGACGCGGUUUCUCUCCUCUUCGCUGAGUCUAGUGCAGACUUUAAUCGCCUCUCCGGCGAUGAUAUUAGUGAGUCUUCCGAGUCAGGACAUUUAAUACCGGAGUUGUUGUCAUAUGACGAUAGAGCAUCAUGUAUGGCUUUGCAAAUAACCUUGUUUCCAAAUCAAGGGCUUUGUAUUGGCGUCUCCAAGCGCCAUGCUGUUUUGGAAGGCAUUUCUGCAAUCGCUUUCAUGAAAUCCUGGGCUUACCUAUGCACUCAGCUAGACAAACAACAGUACCCUUCUUUGUUGCCUGAGCUCACCCCAUUCUUCGAUCGGACUGUUGUCAAAGACCCAGUUGGACUUGGCUCGUUGUACUUGAACAACUGGCUUGAUUUCAUGGGUAACCAGCGACACUUGAAGGUUUUGGAAGAUUUCGGAGUGGAUCGUAAUUCAGUUCGAGCCACGUUUAAGCUAAAUGUUGAAGAUAUAAAGAAACUCGGAGAGAAGAUAUCGUCCUCACAACCGCUUCAUUUAUCGACUUUCGUGGUGACAUGUGCGUAUGUUUUAGUCUGUCUCGUGAAAGCAAGAGAAGGAGAAAGUAUCAGAAACGUCAACUUUCUCUUCCCUGUGGAUUAUAGAAACCGUCUGGAUCCUCCACUCCCGGCAAAUUAUUUCGGCAACGGUCUUUCUUCCAGUAAUGUGAUUCUAAAACCAAGUGUUUUCAUGGAGGAAAACGGGGUUGCAACUGUUGCGGUGAAAAUCAGUAACAUUAUAAGAGAAAUUAAUGAGAAGCGACUGUUGGAAGGUGCAGAAGAGACUUUAGAAAAGCUGAAAAAUUGGGAAGAAGGAGAGGAAAGAAUCAGUAUGGCUAGGUCGAACAAAUUCACGUAA